AUGGAAAAGCCAAGCAUCACAGAGCCAUGCACAGUACUUUCAACAUAUCAGAAUGCUGUAUCUCGUAUCGAAAAAAUUGGUGAAGAAAAUGCAGGUUGUCCAGCUACUGUUCAUUUCUUCUCUAGAAAUCCACAAGAUGUGUAUCAAAAGAACAUUGACAGAGAUUCAUAUACCAUCAUUAAAAUGACAUUCCCGCUUUCAAUUAUUGGCCAGGAACAUCAAAUCAUUCAAGAAAUGAAUUUGAAACUACCACUGACAGGAACAUUGAAAGAAGUAUUGGAAUUGACAGAUGUGUGUUUUGACUCCUUAUCUAACCUCAGAUGGUUUCCGAGAGCAAGAAAUAAAGAUGGACAUUGGAAAAUAAUUGAAGAGUUGGUUCCAAUUCAGUUGCCAAAAGAAAACAGUUUACUUGACACAACAAUGGGAUGUCUUCUCCAACAGAUGAUUGAAAGCAUCCAAACUGCUUAUGUGAAUGGAAUGACUAAACGUCAAGCUGUACAAGCUUGGAAUAAAAUCUUCUCUUUAAUAUGGCUACAUCCUUUAGAACAAGGAAAACGAAAACAAUGCAGUUUUGAUUCAGAUGUCAAUUAUAGUGAAAAUGCAAUGUCUAAGCAGUAUACUGAGAGUGUGUAUGAGAAGUAUGAACGUUCUGUGCCAAAAAUUGUUUCUAAAAGUCCUGACAUAGUUAUUUGUGAUGAAGAUUGCACAAUGGUUCCAAAAUGCAUAUGUGUUAUAGAAAUUAAAUCUGAAUUAGAAAAGUAUCAUCAAAACAGAGCAGAAAGACAGGUCAUUGAAUACAUGCUUUGUCAUUUACAUUUCCAGUCUAAAAUACUUGGUGUUCUUAUAUUAUCAACAGGAUUCAAGAUGUACAAGGCUGUAAAGAAUAGGAGUACAAAAAGAAUAAGAAUAAUUCAAAGUCAAUUUUCUAUUGUGGAUGAUUCUAAAGAAGAUAAUUUUAGAGCUGAUAUUUUCAAAAAGUUCAUUCAUCACUUGGUUGUAGCUUGUGAAGACAUUAGCAAUGAUCAUUUUGAUAUUGACAUUUUUUUAAGAAAGGCUAUUUCUGUAAAAUCAUCAUAUUGA